AUACAUAAACGUAUCACAUUUAACCCCUUUAUUUUAUUGUUUAAUAAUAAUAACAAACAAAAAAUAAAAUGAAUUCCUCUGUUCUUUCUUCUUGUUUUAUUUUUUUUUUUUACUUAUGUUAAGAGUCUAUUCAAUACUUUAUUUGGAAAGCAUUUGGUCAAGACCCAAAGCCAUUCAAAACGAUCCACCACCAAAGCAAAAGUCAUCUUCUUUUAUUAUAAAUAAUGAUAACAGAAGUGAAUCUAGUCUCUCACAAGAAGAAGUUUUCUUAAAUGAUGACCAUCUACAACCUAUUAAAGAUAAGCAUAAACAGGCUUUGAGCACAGAUGAAUCAAAUAGCAUCUGUAAUAAAAUACAAACAACUCCAUCAUUACAAAAAGAGAAUGAUCUUGUUUCUAUCAUUGCUACAAACCAUUCGUCUGACGAAACUCUAUUUCUGCAUCAAGAAUUUUCGACUGUAUUAUUAUGUCCUCCUGAAAUGAAAGCAAGCAUUAAACAACCACCAUCACCACCACCCUCACUGCAGCAGCAGCAGCAGCAACAACAACAACAACAACAAGAACAACAAGAAUCAAUUCAUCUUUUCAACAAAUCUCAAGAAAAUGAGCAACAAGAAACAAAACUGUUACCUUAUUCUCAAAUAGAUACUUGGGUUCAAAAAGAAGAGGAGUUACUAUUACUCACUAACAACGACACACAUCCUCAUUCAAAAGGGAUUUUUUCACCUAAACGUAUUUUAUACAAAGCUAAAUCAAGUUUGAUGAUGGAAGAGAAUGUAUUCAACAAGAUCAAGAGAAAGUCAAGUCACUUUUUAUUAGAUCACAAAAGAGAAAAGAAUGAUAACGAUUUGUUUACUACAAGAAGAAGAAUCCUUUCUUCUCUAAAGCUUAACAAUUCAUCAACAGAUUCUUUAAAAAGAAAGUCUUUUCUAUCUUUAACAACUGAUAAAGGAAAGUUAUUUACAAAAAAAUGAAAAACA